AUGUCCAACAAAUCCGUCACCUUUUUGCCGCUCGGCGCCAUCAUCCAGGAGCUCCGCGUAGGCGGCGUCAACAUCGUGCAGGGCUUCCCCGAACAGUCCCAGUACCAGAGCUACAACGCCCCCUUCUUCGGCGAGACCAUUGGCCGCGUGGCGAACCGCGUCAAGGGCGCCAAGCUCGACUCCUUGAACGGCGGCAAGACCUACACCCUUACUGCCAACGAUGGGUCCAACAACCUGCACGGCGGCGUGGUGGGAUGGGGCAAGAAGAUCUGGGACGGGCCCACUCCCGUCGGCGUGAAGCAGAUUCCGGGCGUGGAGGGCCUCGACGGCGGCGAGAGCGUCAAGUUCUCUCUCGUGAGCCAGGAUGGGGAUGAGGGUUUCCCCGGGACAGUGGAGGCUACCGUGGUGUACACCGUCGGAAAGCAGGUCCAGGACGGGAAGGAGGUGGUUGUGCUGGGCAUUGAGUACGAGGCGGAGCUGGUUGGUGGUGCGGAUGAGACCGUCAUCAACAUGACGAAUCACUCCUACUUCAACCUCACUGGCGGCCCCUCCAUUGAGGGUACCGUCGUCACGCUCGCCACCAACAGCUACCUCCCUGUCGACGAGGGUGGUAUUCCGACCAGCGGCCCCAAGCCGUUCAGCAAGGUAGAGGGCAACAAGGCGUUCAUUCUCGGCCCGCAAGAACCGGAUAUCGACGACUGCUUCAUCGUCAACGAGGCGCCCAACACCGUCCCGAUCGACACCCGCUCGAAGCCGCUGACCAAGCUUGUCAGCGCGCACCACCCCGAGUCCAAGAUCCACCUCGAGGUGUCCAGCACAGAGCCGGCGUUCCAGUUCUAUACUGGCAAGUACAUCGAUGUGCCGGAAGUGCAGGGAGCGGCCGCGCGUCGCGCUCGCAGCGGUUUCUGCGUCGAGCCAAGCCGCUGGGUCAACGCGUGCAACGUCGAUGAGUGGAAGAGCCAGAUGCUCCUCAAAAAGGGCGAGAAGUAUGGUUGCCGCAUCGUGUACCGGGCGUGGAAGGAAUAG